AAAUAUUAUUGGAAUGUUUUAGUAGAAAAAUUUUUAAUAAUAAUAAUUAUUAUUAUUAUUUUUAAUGUAUUUUCAAUGAAAUAAGUUUCAUAAUUCUUGCUAUGGUAAUAUUAUAAAUAAUAUUAAAUAAGGGGAGCAACGUUAUGCAGUGGAACAAUUUUGACGGAAAACGUCAUCAUCAUAUUUUGCGUAAUUUUUAUUGUUGACGUCAACGACGUCAUUUCCUGUAUGCAUAACAUAGUUAAAGAUAAGACAUGUAAGAAGAUAAAUAUGUGAUUUAUAUAAAAAUAAACAGUAACUCCUUGAUAAAGAGGGGUUUAACCCCUCGAAACGUUGGAGAUAGAAAAGUUUGUGUAGUAGAUAAUUAUAAAAAAGUAAACAUUUCUGAUUGGUAGAAUUUAGUCUGCGAACAAUAGCAUCAUAUCGGCUAUUUCCGUCAGUCUCCGGAUAAGCUAAAAUUAGGAAUAAUCGACGAGGUGUUCCGAAGUUAAAGGAGCAGCAAACCUUCGAUUCCAGACAAGAAAAAUAACGAUGUAAUAAUGUUGGAACUGAACAAGGAAAUUGAUGAAAGCAAUGAUAAGGUGACAGCUUUAGAUCGUUUCAGUACAUUGAAACUUGACAAGAAAAUGACAAAUUGCAAAGCAGUUGGCUUUACUGAAAAUGGGAAGCGUCAAAGUGAGGUAGCAGUUACGUUAAAGUGGAACAAAUGCAAAAGGAAAGGGACGCUUUGUUUUGGUACGAAAACAGGAUCUGUUUGUAAGGUUGACAACGGAUCCCCAGUAGUCUGUAAAUAUCAGUCAAAAUGGUACCUCACGGGAUCAUCUUUCGUCAACAAAAAGUGCAGCAAUAAAAACAUCAAAGGAUUUAGACUAUCGUACUACAGCAGUGCCAUAAAGAAAGUAAGAACGCUACAAAAUAAUAUAAUGAUCAAAUGUAUCAUUGUAUUUAGAAUAAAAGAUUUAGAACUUUAA